AUGAAGGUGUUGCAGAGAUGUUUGGAGGUUAGAGGUGUUCCUGUUGCAUACAUUAGGGCUAUUAACGACAUGUAUGAUGGUGCUAAGACUCGGGUGAGAACAAUGGGAGGGGACUUGGAACACUUCCCGGUUGUGAUGGGGUUGCAUCAGGGGUCAGCCCUCAACCCAUUUUUGUUUGGCCUAGCGAUCGAUGCGCUGACGCGUCACAUUCAAGGGGAGCUAUUGAUCAACAACCUUGAUAGAGAUCUGCAGUAUGCCAUUGUAGUUGAGGGGAAGAUGGAUUUGGAAUCUGUCAUAAAUUAUGAUGAAGUGAAGAAUUCCAUCAUGGAAAAGUUAAUGAGAUUGCGAGAUAAUCCUUUAACGGAAGAAUGUCCCCUCAUAUAUCAUCUUGAUGUCGCUGCAAUGUAUCCAAACAUCAUAUUGACAAAUAGGCUUCAGCCACCAUCAAUAGUUUCAGAUGAGAUAUGCACUGCAUGCGACUUUAAUCGUCCUGGCAAAAAGUGUCUCCGGAAGCUUGAAUGGGUUUGGCGUGGUGAAACGUACAUGGCAAAGAGAAGUGAUUAUUACCACAUAAAGAGGCAGCUCGAGUCUGAACUUGUCGAAGUAGGAGAUGGUCAACGAUCAAAGUCUUUUCUUGAUUUGCCUAAAGCAGAUCAACAAGCAAAGCUGAAGGACCGCUUAAAGAAAUACUGUCAAAAGGCAUAUAAAAGAGUCCUGGAAAAGCCGGUCACAGAACUUCGAGAAGCAGGGAUCUGCAUGCGAGAAAAUCCUUUCUAUGUUGACACCGUACGGAGUUUCCGAGAUAGGCGAUAUGAAUACAAAGGGCUUAAUAAAGCUUGGAAGGGUAAGCUGUCUGAAGCAAAGGCUAGUGGAAAUUCCAUAAAAAUUCAAGAAGCACAGGACAUGGUAGUUCUAUACGAUUCAUUGCAGCUGGCUCAUAAAUGCAUUUUGAAUUCCUUUUAUGGUUAUGUCAUGCGAAAGGGUGCAAGGUGGUACUCAAUGGAGAUGGCUGGAGUUGUUACAUAUACGGGCGCAAAAAUCAUUCAGAAUGCUCGGUUAUUGGUUGAAAAAAUUGGAAAACCCCUCGAAUUAGACACAGAUGGUAUCUGGUGUGCAUUACCAGGCUCUUUUCCUGAGAAUUAUACAUUCAAGACAAAAGAUCCCAAAAAGAAGGUGACGAUCUCCUAUCCUUGUGUUAUGCUGAAUGUUGAUGUGGCAAGAAACAACACCAAUGAUCAGUACCAGACUCUGAAGGACCCCAUCAAUAAGACGUAUACAACACACAGUGAAUGCUCAAUUGAGUUUGAAGUCGAUGGACCAUAUAAGGCAAUGAUUCUUCCUGCUUCCAAGGAAGAAGGUAUUCUGAUUAAGAAGCGCUAUGCAGUUUUCAACGAUGAUGGUACACUUGCUGAGCUUAAAGGUUUUGAGAUUAAACGUAGAGGUGAGCUAAAGCUCAUCAAAGUUUUCCAGGCUGAGCUUUUUGAUAAGUUCCUUCAUGGAUCAACCUUAGAGGAAUGCUAUUCAGUAGUUGCUUCAGUUGCGGAUCGGUGGCUUGACCUGCUUGAUAAUCAAGGCAAUGAUAUUGCGGACAGUGAGUUGCUUGAUUAUAUAUCUGAAUCAAGCACAAUGAGCAAGUCUCUAGCCGAUUAUGGUGAGCAAAAGUCAUGUGCAGUAACCACAGCAAAAAGGCUUGCUGAUUUUCUGGGGGAUGCAAUGGUCAAAGAUAAAGGGUUGCGUUGUCAGUAUAUUGUUGCAUGUGAGCCAAAGGGAACCCCAGUAAGUGAACGUGCUAUUCCUGUUGCAAUAUUUGAAACUAAUGCUGAUAUCAUGAGGUUCUAUGUCAAAAAGUGGUGCAAAAUAUCAUCAGAAGUUGGAAUACGUUCCAUUAUUGAUUGGUCUUAUUACAAGCAACGGCUUAGUUCAGCAAUCCAGAAGAUUAUCACAAUUCCUGCUGCAAUGCAGAAGGUUUCAAACCCUGUGCCAAGGGUGGUUCAUCCUGAUUGGCUGCAUAAGAAGGUUCGUGAAAAAGAAGACAGAUUUCGCCAACGAAAAUUAAAUGAUAUCUUCAGCUCAGUGAACAGAGAUGAUGCAGUGCCCAGUAAAAAUUCUAAAAAUCAGCAAAAUAUUGAAGACCUGGAAGACUUUAGACACAGUGGUAAAUCGUCUAUAUAUGGUCCGAGGCCUGUUGUACAUCGUCAUGGAGUCAACAAAGAACAUCCGGUAAACACUAGUGAUCAAGUGGACAAUCAACAACAAAGUGGUCAUGCUAGCAGUCUAUGCAAGAUGUUACCUUCACAAGAAAUUGCUGCUGUGGAAGAUAUUGACAGGAAUGUAGAUUAUCAUGGAUGGCUACAGCAAAAAAAGAGAAAAUGGAAAGAGAUUCGUGAGGAGAGGAAACGCCGAAGGUUGGAUACCUCAAGGACAGUAAACCAUGUUAAUGGCAGUACUGAAUUGUCUCAUCACAUGGUAAACCACAAACACCAGGGUAGAACUGGGGUUAAUUCCUACUUUGAGCGACAUGAAUUAGCUCUCACACGAAGUCACUGGCAGAUAGUUCAGCUUGAGCCUACUUCACAGCAUGGACAAUUUUUUGCAUGGGUAGUUGUGGAAGGAGUCAUGCACAAAAUUUCAGUAACUAUCCCCCGAGUGUUUUACCUCAACUCCAAAGCUCCUAUAACAGAGGAAUUUCCUGGAAGACGUGUCAACAAGAUUCUUCCUCAUGGACGCCAUAGCUACAAUUUAAUUGAGGUUAUUAUUGAUGAGGAUCAAUUCAAGUCGGAGAGCAAAAAGCUAGCAGCUCACCUUGCUGAUCCAGAAGUGGAGGGAAUAUAUGAAACAAAGGUUCCAUUGGAGUUCAGUGCUAUUCUCCAGACGGGUUGUGUUUGUAAAGUUGAUAAAGCAGCUAAAAAAAGGAAUCCACAAGAUGGUUGGAGUUUGAGUGAGCUGCAUAUGAAGACAACCACUGAGUGCCCGUAUUUGGACCAGUCAAUAACUUUCUUCUACUUAUAUCACAGCUUGUCCGAUGGACGAGCCAUUUAUGUGGGAUAUUUUCCUUCGUCCAAGAUGAUACAUGUCGUGGUUGUUAAUCCAUUUCAAAACAAGGAAUUAUCACCACACAUUCUUGAAAGACAUUAUUAUGAAGCUUGCCAAACAUUGUCUGGUCAGCCUAUCACACAAAAGGAAGGUAUUAGUUUUAAGGUGGAUUAUGUCAGGCACAUCAAGGAAGCGGAGAGGAGUCUACAGAGAAUAAUAAAUGAGCAUAGGCAUCAUGGGCCUGCAGUUGCCAUGAUUGAGUGCCUGAAUGCCCAUUCGCUGAAGUCUGGUAUACGAGCUUUGGAUGAUUUUCCUUGCAUCAGUAUCCCUUGUAAUGCUCGGGAUAGCCAAUAUCAGGCACUAGGCUGGCAAAAUGUUGCAGCAAAGAUUGGAAUGCAGCGAUGUGUUACAUCCUCCCAGUGGUUAAAUGAAAGGAUCACUCUCUCAAGAUAUGCCCAUGUUCCCAUAGGGAAUUUUGAUGUUGAUUGGCUCAUGCAUACAGCGGAUAUCUUCUUUUCUAGAGCACUGCGUGAUCAGCAACAGGUCUUGUGGAUAUCUGAUAAUGGCAUCCCUGACUUGGGAGGCGUAAAUGAUGAAGCAUCGUCUUUUAUGGAUGAGGUCAAUCAACCGGUUCUUACUUACCCGGGUGCAUAUAGAAAAGUUACUGUUGAGCUGAAGAUUCAUCAUCUGGCCGUUGAUGCUCUUCUGAAAAGCAACCAAGUAAACGAAAUGGAAGGAGGCACUUUGUUUGGAUUGGACCAGGACUUGAACUCUACCACGAAUUUUACUAAUGAUAAUUACUGCUUUGACGCAACGACCUCCUGUGCACCUGCAUUUCGUGUACUCAAACAGUUGAUCCAGAGGUGCCUUACGGAUGCAGUAACAUCAGGAAACAUAUUUGCUGAUGCAAUGCUGCAACAUUUGUAUCGAUGGCUCUGCAGCCCCCGGUCUAGACUACAUGACCCAGCUCUCCACAGUAUGCUUCACAAGGUUAUGCAAAAGAUGUUUGCAUUGCUUGUGGCUGAACUCCGAAAAUUGGGUGCUGCUAUUGUGUUUGCCAGCUUCUCAAAAAUUAUAAUUGACACUGGAAAGUCAGAUGUAUCUGCAGCCAAAGCCUACUGUGAUAGUGUUAUUAAAACAGUACAAAAUAGAGAAUUGUUUGAGUGGAUUGAACUUGAGCCCUUGCAGUUUUGGCACUCAUUGGUUUUCAUGGAUCAGUACAAUUAUGGGGGAAUACAAGCUAGACUUAGUGAUGGGCCUUUAGAAGUUAACUCAGAACCAGGUGAAGAAAGCGUGUGUGGUGAAUCACAAGUCGACAUUGUGUCAAGCUGGAACAUUGCAGAAAAUUUACCGAAGGCAACUCAGGAUCACUUCAUUUUGAUUGUUUCGGAAUUUAUGUUUAUUCCAUGGAAAUUCGCACAAGAACAAGCUACACAUCGAGCAUCUAGUAGCAUUGGUGAUUUAUGUACACCAUCAAUCACUGCUGCACUUGCUGAAACAUUUGAUUUGCAAAUGGCGGAAGAUCUAAAGAAGAAGAUCCGAACUUACUUCACUGACAAACUUCUGAAAAUUGUUUGUGACCCUAAUCUUCAAAUGAAAGCGAUGACCAACUCCCAGAAGACUCAGGAGACAUCAGAUGCAAACUCACAAUCUUAUACCCAUGUCCAGAAGGGGGAUCCAGCUUUAGAGUUCAUUAAGCAUGUCUGUGCAGUUUUGGCCCUUGACCAGAAUGUGCAGCAUGAAGUUCUGAUCAUGAGGAGAAAUCUAUUAAAACUUGUUCGUGUGAGGGAAUUCGCUCCAGAAGCAGAAUUUCAUGGUCUCUCUGUGUCGUAUACCCUUCCAAAUGUCAUUUGCAGUUACUGCAACGACUGCAGAGACCUUGACCUGUGUCGAGACAGAGCUUUGAUUUCUCAGGAGUGGUGUUGUGCUGUGCCCCAAUGUGGGCAACCUUAUGAUCGUGAAGCAAUGGAAAAUGCUCUUAUUCAAAUUGUGCGACAGAGAGAGAGGCUAUACCAUCUUCAAGAUCUGGUAUGCCUAAAAUGCCACCAGAUUAAAGCUGCACAUUUAGCAGACCACUGUACUUGUGCCGGAUCAUUUAGCUGCAAGGAAGGUGUCUCAGAGUUCUGCAAUAAAAUACAAGUCUUCUUCAACAUAGCUGUAAAUCAAAAGUUUCAAUUACUCCAAGAGUGCACUUCUUGGAUUUUGGAAGCCAGAUAACCACAGCCUACAGGUAUCAGAUAGUUUCACCUCAUUAUCAGCGAUAAAUUGUUUGAGAUCUCAACAUUUGCUGGCUGUUCUGCAUGGUCCGAGGGUGGCUCAUGGGGUCCAAAACAAGAUGUAAUUUUUUUUGAUAGACAAUUCUAGGAGUCCAUGACAUGGGAGCUGAUCGGUUUUAGAAAUUCAGCUGUCUACAUGGGCUUCGGUAAUUACUUUUUGGCUGGAUAGUCAAUCUGGUAUAAUGCCCCCAAGGACUGCUAGCACUGGAGAAGUGCCAGUUACCUCUACAGCUGCUCCCUUUUUCGGAGAGGAAAGAUGGAUAAGUAAACGUUGCAUACAAUAUCCCAUACCAGAUUCCAGAUUUCAGAUUUUACUGGUUUGGUAGAAAAUUGAUGACUCUGUUGCAUACAUAUAAUUGCUUAUUUGGAGGCACCAAUUAGCCAUCUUUUACAAGAGUAAAGCUGUAUAUAUUCGUAUUGCAAGAGUAGUGAAAUGUAAAUAGUCAUCCUUUUUCGAAGCGUACAUCACUCAUGGGGAUUAUUUAUGUAGUUAUGCGAAUAAUGAUUUGAAUCUCAAACUUUGCACUUGACAAGGAACCAGCGGUAUCUUAGUUUAGCUAGAUAUGCUUUUGAUUAAAGUUGAAAACAGAAUGGACUACCGAGUAGUGGAAGAAAUACUGUAGAAGCAUAAACUUGUAAUUUAACACUUAUGUUUCGUUAUCUCCUUUUUCCCUCUGCCCAAGGGGAUGUAUGUACUUUUUGGCUUUACUGAACAACUGAACUUGUUAUUUAGUGAUAAAAAGGUUUACUGAAUCAGGCUAUC